AUGUCUCGGCAGUCUGCCUGUAAAAGCUUCGGAGGAGGGAGUAGAAGGGGCUACAGCUCUUGCUCUGCCGUUGGUGGUGGCUUUGGAGGAGGUGGCGGCAGCAGAAGCAGGAUCAGCUACAGCUCGUAUUCCUCAUCCAGAGGAGGAGGAAGCGGUGGACAGUGUGGAGGCUUCAGCAGCAGGAGCCUCCACAACAUGGGUGGCAGCAGAGGGUUUGCUGCGGGUGGGUGUUACGGCAGUGCAGGCAGAAUGGGUGGCUAUGGAGGAGGAAUAGGUGGCAGAGGAAUGGGUGGAGGAGGAAUGGGUGGCUGUGGUGGAGGAAUGGGAGGAGGAGGAAUGGGUGGCUUUGGUGGAGGAAUGGGUGGAGGAGGAAUGGGUGGUGGAGGAAUGGGUGGCUUCGGUGGAGGAAUAGGUGGAGGAAUAGGAGGAGGAAUGGGAGGCUUCGGGGGUCCUGGCUUCCCUGGAGGCAUCCAACCAGUGCACGUUGACUCGAGCCUCCUGCGGCCCGUCCACGUUGAGAUCGAUCCUCAGAUCCAGCAAGUGAAAAACCAGGAGAAGGAGCAGAUCAAGACUCUUAACAAUCAGUUUGCCUCCUUCAUUGACAAGGUGCGCUUCCUGGAGCAGCAGAACAAGGUUCUCUCCACCAAGUGGGAGCUCCUGCAGCAGCAAGGGCCUUCAGGACCCAGGAAGAACCUGGAUGUCAUCUUUGAGAAUUACAUCCAGGGCCUAAGGAGGAGGUUGGAGUCUCUGUUGGGACAGAGGGGAGAGCUGGAAUCCGAGCUGCAGAACAUGCGCCAGUACGUGGAGGAGUACAAAACCAAGUAUGAGGAAGAGAUCAACAGGCGCACUGCUGCUGAGAAUGAGUUUGUGGUGCUGAAGAAGGAUGUGGACACCGCCUACAUGACCAAGGUGGAGUUGGAAGCCAAGGUGGGAGCUCUGACUGAUGAGAUCAACUUCUUGAGGGCCAUCUAUGAGGAGGAAUUGUCUCAGAUGCAGACAAUCAGCAGGGACUUGUCUGUGGUGGUGUCGAUGGACAACAACCGGCACCUGGACAUGGACAGCAUCAUUGAGGAGGUCAGACGGCAGUACGAGCAGAUUGCCCAGAACAGCAGAGCUGAAGCUGAGGCUUGGUACCAGAGCCGGUAUGAGGAGCUGCAGAGCACUGCUGGAAGGCACGGGGACAGCCUGCGCAACACCAAGAUCGAGAUCCAGGAGCUGACCAGGAAUGUCCAGCGGCUGCGGACUGAAAUUGAGAACGUGAAGAAGCAGAUCCAGCAGCUGCAGGCAGCUAUUGCUGAGGCCGAGGAGAGGGGUGAGAUGGCCUUGAAGGAUGCCAGGGCGAAAUUGGAAGAGCUGGAAACUGCUCUGAGCAAGGACAAGGAGGAGCUGGCUCGCCUGCUGAAGGAAUACCAGGAGCUGCUGAAUGUCAAGAUUGCCCUGGAUGUGGAGAUUGCCAUGUACAGGAAGCUGCUGGAGGGAGAGGAGAACAGGCUGUGCAAUGAUGGGAUGUCCAACGUCAAUGUCUCUGUGGUAGGCAGGACCACCAUCUCCGGAGGAAGAGGAGGCAUGGGAGGAGGAUUUGGAGGCAGCAGCAUGGGAGGAGGAUUUGGAGGCGGUGGAAUGGGAGGAGGAUUCGGAGGCAGCGGCAUGGGAGGAGGAAUGGGAGGAGUGUGUGGCUCAGGAGGAGGCUUUGGAGGUGGAAGCUCUGGCGGCAGCUGUGGAAUGGGAGGAGGAAUGUACAGCGGAGGCUUCUCCUCUGGAAGUGGAAGGAUUUGCGGCUCUGGGGGUGGCAACUUCAGCUCCGGUGGGGGAUCCUCCUCCAUACGGAGAUGCGUCACAACCACCUCCGUCAAGUCUUCAGGAGUGAGGUUCUGAGCCCUGAAGGCCGACUGAGAAAGAAACAAAGCAUGUCCUCCCUUCCCCCGGCAGCAGCGCAGCCUCCUUAAAUCCACCUCCGGUAGCCCACCGUGAAACAAACUGUGUCCCUCAUGGCCAGCAUGAGCCAGCUGGUCUACCUGGCUUGUUCCCAGCAUGGGAGCCUGGUGGCCGGGACACACUGCUCCACAGCCUCCUACUCAGUGAAGAAAUAGCAGCCCGAGCAAAGUCUCACACGUGGAUACCCCGUACGGAGAGCUGAUUUCAAGGAGGAACCGCUCUGCCUUCCUUGCUGCAUUGUACAUUUCUGGCUGCCCUGUGGCAAACGUGUAUAAAACCACUCUUUCUUCCUCUGUCCUGAUGGCCGUAGCCCUGGGGUGCUUCUGCAUGCAGUACAUCCUGUUGCUUCCAUUCACUUGUGUCGUGGCUUGUGGCACGUGAGG